AUGUCGGAGGAGAAAAUUUGUUUAAUUUUUUCUGAUAUUUUUGACGACAGGACUGUUCGUUUUCCUUUUCCCUCCAAAACUCUCCUCAUUUCCAUAUCGUUUUUGUUCCUGAAGGUGGUUCCAAUAAAGUCAUAUGAAAUGAAGGCACAUCCUUCAGACUUCCAUCACGCUCAAGAGCAGGUCAAAGUUUACGUUCGGCGCAUUCUUGACGUUUGCGAGCAAGAAAAAGAGAGGGACGAAGGGAAGUUUAAGAGCGUAUGUGCGAACGUGCUCGAUAGAUUAUGGGAUUCAAUUUUCUUUCCUCUCGUUGACGACGACGACGACGACGACGACGACGACGUAGAGGAAGAAAAGGAGAAGGUGGAGGAAAAAGGAGAAGAAGAGAUCGUGAACACGAACGACAACGAAGAGGCUACAAAGAAAAAGAAUAGAAACGACGACCGCAACAACAUCAGAACAGGAGAGAAUACGCGAGAAGAGGAACUGAAAAACGACUUGUACAGUAGAGUUCUGGACGAAGUGCUCCAAGAUGCAAACUUGAACACGUCGAAGAAAACGCGGAAAGACUUGAACCAAAACAACCACGCUUCAUUUUACUCGGAGGAUGUUGAGAAGCCGAAUUUCACCUUAGGGGACUCCUAUGAUUUACUCAUCUCCUGGAUCGUCCAAGAGUGGGAGUAUCGCUUCAAGAACAACGCGGAGGACUCUGCAAAGGAACACGCCGAAAGGCACUCUGCCAGAAUCGAGUACCUCAUCGAUAGAAUAAAAAGAAGAGAAGGAAGGAGAAAGGAUGGAGACGACGAAAAAGAGAAUAAAGCAGCGAUCACUAGAGGUAAAGAAGAUGGCAGAAACAACGUGAGAAAUGUAGCAGAGAAGGAAGAGUACGCAGACGACCGCGAAGAAGAGGAAGAAGAAGAAGAAGAGGAAGAAGAAGAGGAUUGGGAGGAAGCCGAGAAAGGAGCGAAGGGAAGUAAGCUUUUAGAAUUUCAUCGCCACAGUUCAUCGCAAACGCAGACGAUUUUUCAGAAUCGUAUCUAUGAAGCUCACUGGGCGAAGACGAGAUCUAUGGAAGUGAAGCCGGAAGAUUUCCUUGAAAGCGGUAAAGAUCCUGCCUUUACAAAACUAUUCAGAAAACAGGGCGCAAUGGUCUUGAAGCUGCACAACAGUGGUUGGGACGAAAACACAAACGCAAGUACGUUCUUAAACUUGGACUGGAUUAGAAAUACAAGAGUAAAAUUGCAAACUCUCGGUCCGGAUUACCAAUACAUUCGCCAAACGCUUCCAGAUCCGGAAACCGGAAUUUUAAGAAAGUAUCAAGACAUGGAUGGAUAUGAUCCGGCUCGCGCUGAAUUUGGUGCUCUCGUCGAAGAAAUACAAGAAAAUUUUAAGUUUGCGGCGCAGCCGUUGCGGUUAAUGGGUGUCGUUGAGCGCGAGCGGUUUUUUAUCACUCAAAUUCGAAACAAGGUGCAAGCGCAGUACCCAUACUUGCAGGGUGUUGCUGUCGUUGCCAUGGACGGUGGUGAAAAGAAAGCAUUGUCCGGUCUUCCUUCCCAAAAUCCGUGGAAUAUAUUUGACUUUGCUGAAAGACCAACGAGUGUAACUCGUCAGUUGCUAAAAAUUUGUGAGGCAGCGUGUUCGCCGCACGCCAGACAAAUCGCAGAAGAAAAAUUGGCCGGCGAAAAAGAAAACAAAGUCAACAGGUUCAAAAGACGACAAGAAGACGAAAUUGCUAAAACUGGGGCAAAAGCUGUCGAGGGCGAUCUCGAAGCUAGAAAAAGACGAAAUCAACGCAAACGCUUGCUUUCUGGGGAAAAAGAGAAGACUGGCGGAGGGAAGAGAAAAGCUGGGAAAAGCGGAGGAGGAUCAAAAAAAGUAAGCAUCGGCAGCGUUUCCGCUCCGAUGGCUGGCAAAUCCCCACCCAAUUCUUCUCAAGAGGAUCAAUUAAACGACGCAGAGAAACUAGAAUUGGAACAUUUUCAGGAAAGAUUCUUUGAAGCAUCGUGCGAGGCAAGUAAGAAGAAGAAGUGGGGGGCCGGAAUCGUGAAUCCGUGGUUAUACUAUAUGAGUCCAUUUUCUUUUUUCCCGAUGCACUUUGAGGAUUAUGCGCUCGGUUCAGCAAAUGUUAUUGUAGCAGAUCCAUCUACGCAGUGCUGGGUAGUAUGGUAUUCAAUACCGAGCGAGCAAAUUGGUUUGUUACAUGAAUUCCUCAAGGAUACUUUAAAGAGUAAAUACCAAAUCGAUUGCCUGGAAUCGAGAGAGUUAUGGAUCAAUCCGGAAAUUAUAGCAAACUGGAACGCGAGAAGGCUCGGUAACAAUCGCAAGUUGAAAGUCUAUAGACACGUGCAAGGCCCAGGGGAAUACGUCGUAACCGAUUAUGGCUCGGUGCAUUGGGGCGUAAAUUUAGGUGUGGGAUGGAAAGCUGCCGUAAACUUUGCGUAUCCUGAUUGGAGAGCUGCUGCCGAAAAGGUUGAUCUCGAGUACAGAAAGAUUGAAUCGAACGAACACCCAAAGAAACGCCACUAUCGUUGCGCUCCCAAAUUCGGCGUGCAUAACGAGAAAUUAUUCAGCAUGGAGAACGUAUUGGGAAAGGAUGAACUUUUUUCCAAUCAUUGGCAGAAAGAAGAGAAGAAAGGGUUGCACGAGCAAUAA